UGUGACGUUUCCUCACUCCCGGCAUGCACACUGGAAGUCCAAUGGCGGGUAUUUGUACAAAACAUGCGCAAUUUAAGCUAUCGUUUGUUAACUGUAUGUGUCAAUAUUAAACUGUGAAAUUUGAAUUAAGACUCGCUGUAUGUUUCGCGGUAUUUUCGAGGAUAAAGGAAACGAAGAAUCUGAGGACCAGAGGACAUUGUAACUGUUAUUAUCACCAUGGGGCUGCCUGCCUCUGCCAUUGACUCAAACUGGCACUGAGGAGGAAGGCAGUGUGUUGGAGUUGAGGAACAGGUUCAGUAGUGAUGUUAGCUCAGCUAAUAGCCCGUCUGAGAACUACAACUCCAAAACUAUUACACUAAUAGAUAACUUAAUGGGACGGAAGAAGUUUAACUAGGACAGAAACUUAGCUUUCAUUCAUUCGACCGUUAGUUCAACUGUCAGUAAAUCCCCGCUAUCUCUCAGCGGAAAUGAUUCCGUUAAAAUUAUCAGUGUUGCUAUUGCUAACAUUAAUAAUAACCGUUACUGAAGUUAACGGCUCCGCGAAACUAAAUAUACCUAAAGUGUUGCUGCCGCUCGCCAGGAGUACAAGGAUUAACUUCACUUUGGAAGCUACUGAAGGCUGUUACAGAUGGUCUUCCACCAGACCAGAGGUAGCAAGCAUCCAAGCUGUGGAUGAAGAGAGUGGCAGAGGCUGCUCCAGCAAAGCUGUUCUCCAGGCUCUCUCCACCCAGCCCUCUAGACUGACCAGCAUCAUUCUGGCUGAAGAUGUUGUUACAGGGCAGGUUCUGCGCUGUGAUGCCAUUGUGGACAUCAUCAGUGAGAUCCAGAUUGUGUCCACUACCAGAGAGCUACAUCUUGAGGACUCACCACUGGCUCUCACAAUUCAUGCACUGGACUCUGAAGGAAACACCUUCAGCACCCUCGCAGGUCUAGUGUUUGACUGGACCUUAGUGAAAGAUGUAGAUGUGAAUGGAUUCUCUGAUUCUUACAAUUCAUUACGGGUACUGAAGUUCUCUGAGUCCACAUACACCCCCCCUGGAUACAUAUCUGAGAUGGAGCGUGUUGGGAAACAGGGUGAUAUUAUUUUGGUUUCAGGACUGAAAACAGGACACGCUAAAUUGAAGGCCAAAAUACAAGAGUCACUGUAUAAGGAUGUGGGUGCAGCUGAGGUGAGACUGCUGAUUUUAGAGAACAUCCUGCUGAGUCCGGCACAUGAUGUCUACUUACUGGCGGGAACUUCCAUCCGAUACAAAGUCCUGAAGAUAAGACAGGGCACGAUCACAGAGCUCUCUAUGCCUUGUGAUCAGUAUGAGCUGCACCUCCAGAACAGUGUGGUUGGCCCUAAUGGAAACCCAGACGUUGCUGUAGCCAGUCUGGAUCAAAGCAUCUCCACAGUCACGGCUGGUCAACUGGGACACAUCAAUGUGGUGCUGGACCAUAAGAGCCUUCGAAUGCAAGGAGUGUUUCGCCUGCCCAACAGCACUCUGUAUGUGGUUGAACCAGGCUACCUAGGUUUUAAAAUCCAUCCAGGAGACAGUUGGGUUCUCGAAACAGGCAGAGUGUAUGAUAUCCUCAUUGAAGUAUUUGAUAAAUCCGGCAACAAAAUUUACCUCUCUGAUAAUGUCCGUAUUGGCACUGGUUUUCCUGUGAAGUACUUUGAAAUCCUGGAAUCUUCUCUGAAUGGAUCAUAUCAUCGUGUCAAAGCACUCAAAGAAGGCCUAACUCUCAUUAAUGCUACCCUAAGAGCCGUUGUGGACGAAAAUGGAAAGGUCCAUGCACUCGCCAAUCCAGUCCACAAUGAACAGGAUGUCGAAAUCUAUAACCCUAUAGUUCUUAGUCCUAGCAUUCUCACAUUUCCAUGGCAGCCCAAGGUUGGAGCUUAUCAGUACACAAUAACGGCGACAGGAGGGAGCGGAAAUUUCAGCUGGUCUUCUUCCAAUACAGCUGUAGCCACAAUGACGGUGAAAGGAGUGAUGACAACAGUCAGUGACAUUGGCGUCAGCAUAGUUUAUGCUCAUGAUCUACGCAACCCACUACACUUUGGCCAGAUGAAGGUGUAUGUUGUUGAGCCUGUGGCGAUGGACUUCGCUCCUUGCGCGGUAGAGGCUAAGGUGGGCACGGUUCUCGAUCUGCCACUCAGGAUUUUUGGCCUGCUGGAGGAGGUGGAGGAUGAGCGUGUCAUGUUAAGUGACUGCUCCCACUUUGACCUGCAGGUUGAGGAGGAGAACCAUGGCGUCUUCCAACUGCUAGACGGGAGACUGGCUCCAGGCCAGCAACACUGCAGUGGGGUGAGAGCCAAGGCUCUGGCCCCUGGGUACACUAUGCUUUCUGUCAGCUACACCCACGGCAACGUUCACCUCAGCGCCAAGAUCACCAUUGCUGCCUAUCUUCCUCUGACGGCGAUGGACCCUGUAUCUGUGGCGGUGGUGACUCUGGGAUCAUCUAAAGACAUGUUGUUCGAGGGCGGGCCACGGCCUUGGGUUUUAGAGCCGUCCAAGUUCUUCUGCAAUUUGCGUGCUGAGGAUGAGGCCAGUGUGAGCCUCACUCUGAUCAGCCCUUCAUCUCACAACUAUAACCAGCACUGGGUCAGAGCAACAUGCAGGGCCCUUGGAGAGCAGGUGCUGGAGGUGAUGGUGGGGAACAAGGCCAGUGUGACUAAUCCUUAUCCUGCUGUGGAGCCGGCAGUGGUGAAAUUUGUAUGUGCUCCUCCGUCUCGCCUCACCCUGGUCCCAGUGUACACCAGCCCACAGCUAGACCUGACCUGUCCACUUCUGCAGCAGAAUAAACAAGUGGUACCUGUUUCAAAUUACCGUAACCCCAUUUUGGACCUGGCUGCUUUUGAUCAACAAGGAAGAAAGUUUGACAACUUCAGCUCUCUGAGCAUAUCGUGGGAAUCGACCAAGUCGUCCCUGGCCAGUAUUGAAUCCACUGUGCCCAUGGAGCUUCUGCUGUUAGAGGAUGGCAACAAACAGAUGAAACUUCACGGACGUCAAAAAGUUCUUGUGCACCAUCAGACAGGGAUUGCUGCCAUUAAAGUGAUAGCUCGGGGUUACCAAUUUUCACAUCUCGAAGCAGCCAAAGUUCCAAGUCCAUAUGACACUCUGACUCCUGCCUCAGCUACUCUGGAACUCCUGUUGGUUGAAGAUGUGAAAGUUUCUCCUGAUACAGUAACCAUAUACAACCACCCAGAUGUGCGGGCGAAUCUGGCCCUGCGAGAGGGUUCAGGGCACUUUUACGUCAAUACCAGUGUUAAAGGGAUAGCAGACGUGGUAUUCCAGGAGGCCCAAGGAACAGCUCAGGUUACUCCCGUCCACCCAGGUGUGGUGAAUGUGAUGGUUCAUGAUCUUUGUCUGGCAUUUCCAGCACCUGCCAAGGCCACAGUACAUGUUUCUGACAUCCUGGAGGUUUAUGUGAGAGUGGUUGACAAGGUGGAGAUUGGCAAAUCUGUAAAAGCUUAUGUCAGAGUCUUGGAUGAUAACAAGAAGCCUUUCCCAGCCAGCUAUUUCCGUUUCAUGAAUCUAAAACUCAACGCUGCUUCUGCAAUAGUCUCUCUAAAAUAUGUAUUGGAGUCCACAGAAGAGGAUACUGCAGUUUUCGUGGUGAAAGGUGCCUCUAUUGGUCAAACCACUCUGUCAGCUGUUGUUAUGGAUAAAAAUGGGAGAAAAAUUGCGUCUGCACCUCAACAAAUCGAGGUAUUUCCACCAUUCAAACUCAUCCCAAGGAAAAUGACUCUGUUAAUUGGGGCAAUGAUGCAGAUCACAUCUGAAGGUGGCCCUCAGCCUCAGUCCAAUAUCCUUUUUUCCAUUUCCAAUGAGAAGAUCGCCUUUGUUAACGGCAUGGGUCAUGUCAGGGGUGUUACUAUUGGUAAUGUCACUGUGACUGGACUGGUCCAAGCUGUUGAUGCUGAGACUGGGAAGCUAGUCGUUGUGUCUCAGGAUCAAGUAGAAGUUGAGGUUGUGCGUUUGACGGGCAUUCGAAUCAGAGCACCUAUCACAAGAAUAAAGACAGGAGCACAGAUGCCUGUAUAUGUGAUGGGUCUUACCAUUAGUCAAACACCCUUCUCCUUUGGCAACGCUGUACCUGGUCUCACCUUCCACUGGUCCACCACCAAGAGAGACAUCCUGGAUGUUCAGUCAAGACACAGUGAGGCUAACGUGGAGCUCCAGUCAGAGCACAACUUCGGCAUGAGGGUGACCGGAAGGACGAGAGGGCGGACAGGACUCAAAGUGGUGCUCAGAGUUAGCGACCCCAUGGCUGGACAGCUAGUGGACAAUCUGAAGGAGCUCAGUGAUGAGAUUCAGAUCCAGGUCUAUGACAAGCUGCACAUGCUUAAUCCCGAAGUAGAGGCUGGGGAGAUACUGAUGGCUCCGAACUCAGCCCUGAAACUCCAAACUAACAGGGAUGGUGUGGGUGCACUCUCCUACCGGAUGCUGGAUGUUCCUGACCAGGUUGUUAUCGCUCAAGUUGAUGAUAAAGGCCUCAUCUCCUCUGGCUCUCUCACUGGCAUCUCCUCUCUGCUGAUCACCUCACAAGAGACCUUUGGUGUCAAUCAAACUCUCAUCCUUGCUGUGAAGGUGGUGCCUAUGUCCUAUGUGCGCUUCAGUACCAGUCCAGUGCUCUAUACGCACACCAGAGAGAGCCUGAAAGCCUUCCCCCUGGGCUUAGUGCUUACCUUCACCGUCCACUUUCAUGCCAGCACUGGAGAGGCCUUACACACCUCCAACUCCCAGCUCACCUUUUCCACUAACAGAGAUGACCUUGUGCAGGUGGGGAUUGGGCCUAGUAACAACACUUUGACAGUGAGGACAGUCAACGUAGGCCUCACCCUUCUUGCGGUGUCAGACAAUGAAAACACAGGCGUGGCGGACUAUGUUCCAAUACCUGUGGCGCAUGCUAUCCACCCUGCUGAAACCCACAGACUAGUGGUGGGCGAUGUGAUCUGCUUCACUGCUCAGCUCACAAGCCCAGACGCUGUUCAGGGUACUUGGAGCUCCUCUGCUAAUAAUGUGCUUCAGAUUGACCCUAAAAGUGGCGCCGCUGUAGCCAGAGACUCCGGGACCGCUACUGUGUAUUACGAGAUACCCGGCAUAUUGAAAACAUAUAGAGAGGUGGUAGUGGAAACAGCAACAAGAACGGCAGCUAUGGCGCAGGCUACACCGAUCAGGAAUGGCAAAGAAACAAAAGUCCAUCUCACUACCAGAGAAGCAGGAACCAACCUCAUCGGAACCUGCUCUCCCGUCCAGACUGAAGCUAUUUCUCAGUUAAAGCCGGAAACGUCUGUCAGCUGCCAUCUCAGCUUCACUAGUGAAGCUGUUGAUUUUCCUGCUCAUGACGUCUUCAAAACACACACCAGCUUUGACGCCAACAUUGGCCUCUACACAUGUUCCAUGACCUUGCAGCCAAUGACUGACCAGCAGAGUCGUGUACUCAGCAUGUCCAUGACCAACCUGCUGGUGAAGGCAGGCCUGGAGGGCAGUGUUUUCUCUGGGGAACAGGUCAGCACCACGCUGCCUAUAGAGCCAGGCCUCUACGCUGACCAGACUGAGCUGCUGCUCUCCAACCUGCACCCAUCAGCUGAACUCACAGUCUUCGGCCCGUCUGCUGCCCUGUCCGACAUGAAGGUGGUGUCUACCUCUCCUAUCAUUGCUAUCCAAGAGAAGGAGGCAAGCCACGGCUUCCCCAGUUUCUCAAAGUACAUCAUCAACGCUGUGGACCUUCAGGCAGCAGCCUCUGCUUCUAUUUCCAUAAGCAGCGCAUCCUCCGGCCAGAGCCUCGCCAUCCCGGUCUCUUUGAUUCAUGUGGCUGAUCCCAACGCUGCCAUACAAGCUGUUCCUCCAGUUGUUAAUAUGGAGGGGGGGCACUCCCUGCACAGCUUCAUAAACUGCUACCAGAUGAUGUUCUUCACCCUGUUUGCUCUUCUGGCUGGUACCGCUGUCAUCAUCAUCGUCCUCCACACAAGGUUCUCUCCACAGCAGCAAACUUAUCACCCUACUUUAAUCCAGGGUACACCAUCCAUCUCAGGUUUAGACUCUCCAGUAUCGAACUCCUUCAACCACACGAUACCCAGGAGGGACCCAAACAGCAGCCCCAGGUUGCGUCUUUAUUCUCCAGACUACAAGUCCUGAUGAAGCCCUCUGUCUGGUCUCUAUUCUUCAAAAGUGGAACACCACAGGCCAUUAACGCAUAUUGAAUGUGCCUCUCUCCCUCAGGAUGAAUGCUUUGGGAUAUGACUGCAAAAUCUCAGUUUCACUGUCUUCAAGUGUUGGAACAAAUGCUUAAAAGAAACUUAAUUUUCAGAAUAGCAGAUCAGUUAAGAGCUGCAAGAUUAUAACAGGGCUAUUUUCUUUGUGUGUCCGUUUUUGUGUGGAAACAAGUUUAUAUAUGGUAUAUACUGUAUGUGUGUUUGUGGUUUGUGAGUGAAAUAGUUUUAUACGAGACCACUCUGUUAUUAACUGACAUCUUUGAAGUGUUUUGAAGAGUGCAGAAAAACCAAAUCCACUAGUUUGUGCUUCACUAAGGCUUCUUUAUGUGUUUGUUUGACUUUUACUUGUUUGCUACUUAUCAUAUUUUUGUCACGUGAAAUUUAGUAACUCAGGAUGAAAUACAUUCUUGUAUGACAGAAAACAAACUUUAACUUGAAAAUGUUGAAAAUUCUCUUUAUGUUGUAGCAUUUUGUGAAAAUUUUGUUCAAUGAAACCGUCCUCAUAGGUUAUGAACCCUUCAAAUGUGCAGAAUCCUAACCGGGAAAAAGGUUGAUCUUUUUCUUUUCUUGGGCAUUUACGCGGGAAGUAAACUUCCUGAGUAGUCAUCAUUACUGUGUUUUUGAGCCAAAGUACAUGCAGCUCCUGCCUAAUUCAUCAAUGUGAAACAGUUAAGGAAUGUGAAUGUCACUCAUUUUUUUUAUCCAGUGUUGCUUCAUUGCAAAAGCAAUCAAACGUGACCUGGUCUCAUUUCUGAAAAAUGUCAUUUUUUUCAGUUUGUUUUUACCUGCCCACAUCUCCGGGACGAGAUUACUGUAGCACUGAUUGAAAUGCUGAAACAUAAAAGUACGACUUUGAUUUAAAUGGGAUAUUUUUGUAAUUGAAGAAAAAUUGUUGACAAGGAAUUGUAUUUAUGUUAGCUAGUAAACCUCUGUAAGAGGAAUAUGUGUGACGAUCAAAUGGUCUGUGCUCUUUUUGCUGUUUUUUGUGUUAAAGUUUCAUAGUCAUGCCUUACAAUCAUAUCUGAACAGCUUUCAGCACAUAACAGAAAGAAAUACAUUUGUUUGCCUGUGUGAAUACGCUUCUGCCUUUGCAAAUUAAAGUUUUUACUUUCUAAGUUAA